AUGGUUCAAAUUCGUCUCAUUUCGUUCCGCUUGAGGUCUUCAGAGUUGCAGGCAUCCGUUGCUUGCUAUAUGAGAGAAAUUCGGCCUGACUUUGGGGGAGAAAAUGGUGGUGCGCCGUUGUCGUCACGGGAGAAGAGCAAAACGGAGACAGAAGAACAGAACAUGAGGGGGAAGGGAAGAAAGAAACAUCCGCCGCUUUCUCACUUCCAAAUUACCUGGAAAAUCUACUUCGACGCCUCAGCUAACCCAGGCUAUAGAACUGGACACGACGUCGUCCUCAAAAUUACAGGUGCAGACUCGACGGAUGCAGGAAAAUACUCCCAGUUGGAAGUUUCUUUUCUCCAGAAAGUCCGCGAAGCGAGAGGAGCCAAUGAACAGCAGCACGUAAUUCGAAUGCUCGACAACUUCUCGCUUUCCAGCUCUUUUGGUACUCAUAGCUGCCUUGUUCUCGAGGUCCUUGGCAUGUCCUUAGAAGAGCUGACGCGCAAGACCCUGCCGAACAAGUUUCCUAUACCUAUCCAAUUCAGCGUAGACCUGAAGUUAGACGAUCUGCUCUUGCACAUGGAGGACACCAAAGGCAUACCUUUACUGGGCGCCUCUGAAUCACCCACAAUCGACUUGUCCCGCGUCUCUCUCGGACCAUCGGCAGUCGUCAUAAGUGACCUUGGCGUUGCUAGCAAAAUAGAAAGUCCCUUCGACGGAGUCAUACAGCCAUAUGCCUUACGUGCACCAGAGGUUUAUCUCGGCAUUCCAUACGGCGCGCCUGCUGACAUAUGGAACCUGGGUUGCCUCUUUAUCCUCCAGGCAUUUGAGCUCGUGACAUAUUGCUGGCUCUUCAAUCCCCAAGCGACAUCCCGAUGGUCCCGAGACGACGAUAUGCUCGGGCAGAUGCUUUCCGUCAACGGACUUACAACGUUCCCAGUCGACGUUCUGGCCCGCGGGAGGUUCAGUCUCCCAGUAUUUCGACACGUCUGCUUCGUCAUUGUUGCUUGCUCAGUUACUGCUUUGUUCUCAGACGCUGAUGCCGUUUUCAUUCCU